AGAAAUGCGAUGCUGUUUGAAAUGUGAGCGCGCGUGGUGUGAGUGUGUACGUUGUUUUGCCACAGACAUGCUAUGAAUUUCCAGAGCCACACACAUAUACAAAUACAAAUGCAGUCGUGUGUCGCGCCUCUAACCACCUCACUGCAGGCAAACGGUUUUGUGCUGUGAUGUUGUAGGAGGUCUCCACGUAUAUAUAUAUAUAUGUAAAUGAACGAUCAAGAAGAAGAGGAAAAAAAACCACACCGAAUAUAUCGUAACGUCUUGAAAUGGUGUGGCGUGCGAUCGUAUGCGUGUGCGACUUUACUCUGCCAAGCAUAAAUUAUUCUGAUGGUUUUAAGCCGAACCUAAUGCGACAUCACAACAGUUUUAAUUUGUGCCUUUCCGAGGUGACAGCGAUCAUCCUCCGAUGUUAUCGACGCAAUUAGUGCUCUUAAUUUGAUUGAAAUUUGUUUUUUCUCAUUCUGUUUUCGAUGCGAUUGAUUUAUUGCCUUUCGUGAUUUCUCGCAGAAAAUUCAGUGCGUACUUCAAUCAAGCGAUAGAUUACCAAUAUCGAUUGGUUUUGUGUUUGAAUCGCCAAUUAAUGACUGAAUGAAGCAAAAUAAAAACCGUUUAUCCCAAAAUCCGAAGUAGCAUUAGUGAAAUUGAUCAGAAGUUUUUCUGAAGUGUGAAAAAAGAAUAGAGAAAAGCAAGAAAGAAAAGAGAACAAUACGGUUUGUCGAGCAAGUUUGAAUCGCGCGGGCAAAAUUUAUUUGUUACCAACAGUGUCAUUGGAAGCGAUUUGCGAGUCUGCCACAAUGGAUUCGGGCAGCAUUUCGACGGCUUUGCAAAGUAUGGACGUUGCCAGCGUCGGUAUCAGCAGUGGUGGCAGUGGAAGCGGUAACAUGGAAGAUGCCAUGCAAAUUUUCAUCAAAAAUCAUGUCCUCAGUAAUCCGAUUACAUGCGAAUCAACAAAAACAAAAGCGACGACUGAACAAAAAGAAGAGCGGAUUAAGCGUCCAAUGAAUGCUUUCAUGGUGUUUUCGCAUCAGGCCCGAAAAAUGAUCGCCAAGAAAAAUCCCAACCUGAAAAACUCUGAUCUGAGCAAAUUUCUGGGCUCCACAUGGAAAAAUUUCACGGAGGAAAAGAAAGCGAUGUUCAAGCGAAAAGCGGAAGAGCUACGUGCCAAGCAUAAAAAAGACCAUCCACAGUACAAGUAUCAGCCGCGACGCAAAAAGUCCAAAGUGUCAGCAGCAUCGUCGUCAAUUGCUGACAAACCGGUACGCUCAACGACCAGCAAAAAAGCCACUAAAUUGAAAGAAUACAGCCGCUUGUCCGAAUCAUCAGCAUCGCCAAACAACUCAGGCAACGAACUGUACAUUGAUGAAUCAGUGUCGCCAGUAUCAGAUCAAGCAUCAUCACUGCAGCCAAACUUUGGUUAUCAGCUGCCGGACAACAUGCCCUUUGACUAUCACUGCAACGCAUACGGAAACAACAACAACAGCACCAAUCACAAUCACAACAACAGCAUUCACGUGAACAAUACGGUCGCAACGGGAAUCGUGAAUGCGGGUCAUCGUCGAACGCCAUGCGUCCUCACACCACCAUCGACACCAAUCAAUUCCGAUUUGUCGGCGAUGAAUGUGGGCAACGGUUUGCCAGCACAUUUGUACAACACACAAAGCAGCAUGUAUCGCGGAGCCACUGCCAAUGAUUUUGUCAACGAAAAGGUUUCACCGAUGUAUACGUCCAACGCGUAUACUGGCCACCAGACGACCGCCGUUGAUAUCUACAAUGAUUUGUAUAAUGGUUACAGUUGUGGCCAGAGCACAGAGUUCGGCAAUGAAUUACCAGCAAUGGAAAUGCCCAGCAAUGUCUACAAUGUCAACGGUUACAAUGGUUUCGAUGCGCACAAAUACAGCGGUGAACAUUCCACAUACUUUGACAGCGAAAAGAAAUUCGAUAUUGGUUCGGGUGUUACGGAUGCGAGCCGUAACCUUUGCGUGCAAAAUGGCUAUAUGCACUACAACAACUGCUGAUUCAGGCUAUAGUUUAAGUGACAUCGCGCUACUGAAUGAUACAAUUACCACACCGCACACACAAACAAAUACCUUUUAAGAAUUUGGCUGCGUUCCACACUCCUACCAUCCCCUUGCCCCAAAUGCAUGCAGUGGCCACACAAAUUUAUGACCAUUUCAAGUUUAAAUCCCAGUGUUAUCGUCAUUAUUUUCCCAUUUUGAACCAUCACCUUUGUUGUACACACAAUCAGUGACAUUCAACUGGUUUUUUUUUGCUAUGCUCCUCAGUUAAUGCCAAAAAAAUGUAAUAAGAAAAGGUGAACCUUUGCAAUAAUCUCUUUAAAAAGAUAUUUGAAAAAUGCAUCUCCUCCAUGAAUAAUUAAUUAAAAGUUAUUAUUUUUAGUUUAAAUGUUUAAGUCUCGCAGGAAAACAAAAAAAAAACAACAAUAUUUUCGAAGUCCCAUUGGCAUCUUCAUUAUUUAUCACAAUUACGCGUCGUAAUCAAUUUUUUUGCACGCCGUUCCUUUAGCCGUUUAUCUGUUUUAGCUGUAGAACUAUUUUAAUGAUAAAACACAAGAACAAUCAAUAAUGUUUAAAAGAAAAAAAGCAAUUUUGUACCGCACUGAAGUAAACGAGAAUGAAAAGAAGACACAAACAUAAAAUAUGAUGAAUUGAAAAUGAAUGGAUAUAUUUUAGAAGUUGAAAAAAAAAUGUCUUGGAAAAUUUAUCGCAAUAUUUUCUUUUUUUUCUCUCUCUCUCUCUCUGUUGCCUCGAGCUCUUUGUAAAGCCGAAAACCAAUUACAUACCAACCACAUACAAACGAGUUUUUUUUCCACACCAAAAAGAUUAUAAUGUUCAUUCGACAAGAGAAAAGGAAUCUGUCACAAAAAAACAACAAAUUUUAUGAAUGAAGUAUUGAUUAGGUUUGUUUGCCUUCUGUAACAAAAGCUUAUGAUGAAUAAAAUAUGUUUUUCUUUUGAUUUUCUAAAAAAAA